AAAGGAAGUUACUCGAGUGCUUUUUUGUGUAACCGUUUUUGACUAACAGAAUGGUCCCUGGGGACAUGGACAAUCAAAUAGAAAUUAGAGUGUCUUCAAGGCUAAUUUUAACUGACACCAAGGGCUGGGCAGAGCCCAAAGCCAAUCCUUUAUUUGUAACUUCCUAUCUUUGCCCCUUCUUCCUCCUCACAAGUUCCUUCAGCAAAGAUAGUUCAGCCAAAACUGAUCAUCAUAUUUCAUAUCUACUGGUAAUAUUUGGAUUUCAAACAGCCAAAGUUCCAGGUUCUUCAGAAGCUGGAUUUGGUGAUAUGACCUUUCUAAAAGCUAUUCAGUUUGACUGUAGAAAGCACACUGUAAAGCUUCACUUUGUGCUGGAAAUAAGAGUUUAUUUAAAUAUUUAUAGGGUUAACAUCAGACUCGGUGGUGGUUGGUGGUCCAUCGCCUUCAGUGGAAUUGUGCCUUCUUCCACCUGUUUCAAAUUUUGUCCACGGCAUCUCCAUCAGAUCCUUUCUGGGCCCGUAAACAGAAUGAGGAUUCCAGAGGGAUUGGUCAUUUCUGUGCGUUAGGAACUUAACAUCACAGUUGUACUGCCUGGAAUAAAUCUUCAUAGGAACAUCCAGUUUCAGGGCAGAAGUUUACUCUGGGGUUACGUGAAAAGUUACCCCUUGUGGGUGUUCUCAUUUGAGAAGGAGACAGUGCCUCAUCAUGGCCUUGGCGGACAAUGCAAGCUGUGCCAAAACCAAUGAGGAGUUCUCUUUCCCAGAGAUCGUGGAGCUCAAUGUGGGUGGACAGGUGUACAUCACUCGCCACCCCACACUGGUCAGUGUGCCCGGGUCACUGCUUUGGGAAAUGUUCACCCAGAAGAACAUCCGUUCCUUGGCCCGGGACAGCAAGGGUCGGUUCUUCGUGGACCGAGAUGGUUUUCUCUUCCGCUACAUCCUGGAUUACAUGCGAGACCAGCAGCUGGUGCUGCCUGACCACUUCCCAGAGAGGAGUCGCCUGCAGCGGGAAGCUGAGUACUUCAAGCUGCCAGAGCUUGUCAAGAUGUUGGCCCCAAAACUCAGCAAGCAGAACUCCAUUGGGGAUGACCCAUGCCAAAGUGACCCGGAAGAGCUGUCGCCCAAUGCUGACACUGCCCGCAAUCUGGCCUCUGCCAGUGCUGCCCUGACCAAUGCCGGAACUGGCACCCCUGGGGGCUCUGUCACUGCCAGUGGGGGUGGUGCAGGCCCGGAUAUCCGCAGAUCAGGCUUCAUCACCAUCGGCUAUCGGGGCUCCUACACCCUCGGCAGGGACAGCCAAACAGAUGCCAAGUUCCGCAGGGUGGCAAGGAUCAUGGUGUGUGGCAAGACCUCGCUAGCCAAGGAAGUCUUUGGGGACACCUUGAAUGAAAGCAGGGACCCUGACAGACCCCCAGAGAGGUACACCUCCAGGUACUACCUCAAAUUCACCUUCCUGGAGCAAGCCUUUGACAAACUGGCUGAUGCUGGCUUCCACAUGGUGGCAUGCAACUCUACAGGCACCUGCGCCUUUGCCCAUGACCAGACAGAUGACAAGAUCUGGACCUCUUACACCGAAUAUGUUUUCUACCGUGAGUGACACUUACCAAAAAACCAAACCAAAUGCAAACUCCCCCCCACCCUUCCUGUGCCGGCUGUUUUCUUUAGAACAUAGACAUCCGACCCUUGAACCUCAGUAUUACUUUUUCCUCUUCCCUUUACAUUUUGUUUUUCCACGUUGAACCCUCUCCGACUCCCUCUUGUACCAGUUGCUGAACACCAACCUCCCCUCUCUCCAACUUCCAGCAGUAGCCAACUGUAGCUCCCAACCCUCCUUGGAUUUGUGGACUUGGACAUUCUUAGAUUUGGGGGGAGGGGAGGGAGGGGAACAAAUGUGUUCGUACUGGGGACAAACUGGUUGGGAUUUUUACAGCCGGAAAAGCAAAGAGACACUGAACUUCAGCUUGGUUAUAAUCAUAAUUGGAGCCAAUUCCUGGCCUCAUCGCUGUAUCUUAUCCUUUACAAAUCUAAAAGAUGUGCCAUAUACACUGUAGUUGAUUUGCUGGGGAAUGCAAACACGCAAGAGGGAUAUUGGUUUGAUGUUAAGGAGCAACGGGGGAGCAAAGGAAAAAGAGAGCCUCAGCAUAGAUAGGUCGCCAUUAGCCUGUGUAAGCAGCUUAGCAUUUUGACUGUCAGUGCUUGGAAUGGUUAGAGAGAGAUGCACCCCAUGUUCACAUCUUUGGAUGCAAAACAUUGCUGCUGCCCCGAGAUGCCUUCUCAAUUUCUGGGCUGAGGUGCAGACACAUGCUUCUGCGUAUAUACCCCAAGUGGGAAAAGGGCCUUGUACACAAUGGGAUGUGUUAUAGAUCUUUAGGCCAGUUUAAUGUCUGUCAAAUUUUUACCUUCAUUUUCCCCUUACUUAAAGUAGGAAAAAGAUAAUUGGGCUUCAGAAGGACAGACUUUGAUUGCUACAGUGAGUAGCAUUCUGGUUUGACCAGAGCUAUGACUUUUAUUUAAAGAUUUAAAAUGAAAUCUUAAAAAAAAAAAAAAAAGUCUUUGCCACUUUGGUGGCAACCUCUCACUAGGUCUCUUUCUAAUUGCGGCGCUCUGCUGUCUGCAGGCCUGAGGCUGGCUUCUGCUUUACCAUGCCUGGGUAACAUGUAAUAAAGGAACAAAAGAGACCUG